CUGAGAUGAGAUUAAUUUUGUCGUCUAACCUUCUUACCGCUGGCCAUUACGACGCUAGAUAUGAAGUCUUAUCAAGGUCUCUGACAACUCUGCCUCUCGAAGAUUGAACAGGUAUUGAGAUGAUUUCGAGACGCUUUGAUUCGGUAUUUUUAUCUCUGUCGCGGUGGCUUGAAAGUCGCAACGAAGAAAUUACCUCUGUUCGUUCGAUCGUCGAGACUAAUCUUUACGACAAUGCUAAAUGAUCACAUCACGCAUGAUCAACGAUGGUGUUUCGCCGGCCGGUUGUACGCAGUAGUAUAACUUCCUUUCUUCCAUUCAUCUUUCAUCAAUUACCCCAAAUCUGACAUGUUUCGACAGUUGAGAUGGUUGUGCUUGAUGCUAGGAGAGCCAUAGCUUUCAACGGUAAAUAUCAGAGUCCAUAUGGCGGAUGCGUAGAACUUGUUCCAUCGUCUGAAGCGUGUGCGCCUUGUUCUUAAUGGCAUCAAAUCAGGAUGACCUUGUAUCAUUUGUGGUCCUUGGUUCAAACUCAGUUAGAAAGGUGGGUAAUAAGCCAAGUUGCAGCACUGAUAUACUGCAGAGACUCCUCUCCACUUUCACCUUGGCCCUAAACAGUGUUCUCCUUACUCGCCUCGCAAUGUCCUCUUUGGAUCCUAGCCAGGCUGUGGAAUUUGUCUCACAAAUCGAACUAACUCAGUACACCCAGAUUGCGGUACUCGCGGUUUUGAUCUACGACAUUAUUAUUACAAUGGGAGAGGAGGUCGAAUAUUUUUGGUCUAGAUCACUCAGUCCAACCAAUUUAGCCUUUUUCUUUAUACGCUACUCCGCGCUUCUGGGGAGUAUAUUGAGCCAAUAUCAUCUGUCAACCACUGCCAAUACAUUUAUAGGCAAGUUCUAUGACUGGGGAGGCUCCAUAUCGGAUUGGAUAAUAAUCCUUUGCAUGGACUACAUUCUGUAUCUGAGGAUCCGCGCCGUAUAUUCUUUUGAAACCCCGCAUAGAAAGAUAGUCAUGUCUAUUCGGAUUCUAUACGGUUUAAAUGCUACAAUAAGUCUUGCCAAUCUGGUUUAUGGGAUAUCAAAGGCAAACUCUGUCACUGCCUUUGCCUAUAACGGGUUGAAAGUCUGUGUCGAUAAUAAUCCUGUUGUUUGGGCAAGAUCAGUUUAUUGGUCUGCUCCAUUAUGCUAUGAGACUAUCUUGUUGUGCCUUGGUCUAUAUAAGGCUAUGGAAAUUAGGAAGUCUCUGGGUUUUCGUGGGUUAAGCUUAUUGAAGACAAUUAUUUACGAUCAAGUUGCAUAUUUUGUAUUGGUUAUGAUUUGCAGUAUUGCGAAUAUUGUUCCAAACAUAGUUGUGGAACUGGUACAGCGAUCUUCAUUUCUCUCACUCUUUUACAUCUUGGGAAGUGCAAGCAUGAUUUCUCUUCUUGGGAGCCGCAUGCUACUACAUUUAAAAAAAGCUGCAGGAGAAAGGCUCGAAGGUGGUGAUAGCUUUCGAAUCUCGUCGAAUUUAACUAUUGCAGAAUUUCGGGUUUACACAGCCAGACAGUCCAGAUUUAUCGAAGGCGGCGAACGCGUGUAG